UCCGCUCCUGUGCUGCCCAUGUGUAUGAUUGCUGCUUGCUGAUCGCUGUAGGGGCAGUGAUGGCGAACACAGUGCAGUCUCCCCCGGCCCUGGGGCAGUGUAUGGAGGUACUGGAGGCAGUGAGUGCCCACCCAGAGCAGCUGCUCAGUGUGCAAGAAGAGUUAGCUGGAAGGUUCUCCCAGUUAACAAAGGUUCUCUAUGAUUUGCACAAAUCCGAACUUGCCCUUGGCAUAGGAAGUCCCCUAAAAGAGUUGGUGACUGAAAACUUUGAUGAAGAGCAAAUCUGGCAACAGAUUGAACUUCAGAACAGUAAAGUUCUUAACUACUUCAAGAAUGCGGUCAGACAAAGUGUCAAAGACCGAGAACUGUAUCUUGUGGAGCCAUCUGAGGAGGAAGCAUCAGAAUCUGAAGGUGAAACAGAGGAAGAUGUUUCAGAGUUAGAACCUGAAGUAAACGUAAAAAGAAGGGAUGGAAAAGAGAACACCCACAAGCUCAGUGGAAAACAUUUACCAAAGGCUAAUUUCAGAGAUGAUGAUGAAUCCGAUUUGGACUCUGAUGUUGAUGAACUGGAGCAACAAAACAAACAGACAAUAAAUAAAAAGCCAGAAAGAAAACAAACAAAUAAAAAGCCUACAGAAAAGUCCAUAGUGGAUGACCAGUUUUUCAACCUAGCAGAGAUGGAAGCCUAUUUGGAUGCAACUGAGAAAAAUGAUGAUGCUAACGACGACGAUGAAAGUGAAGAAGACGUAGAGUACUUUGAGGAUAUUGAGUCUGGCGAUGAAGAGGAUAUUUUUGACACACAGAAAACAAAGCAAAAGGAGAGCAAAAGUUCCAGAGACCUUUAUUACAAAGACUACUUUGACCCACUAGAAGGUGAUCAAGAGGACAUGGAAGAACAACCAAGUGAGGAAGAUGAUUUGGAAGAAAAUGAAGAUAAUGAGGAGGGGGCUUUGUCUGAUGAUGCCAAUGAACAAAUGAGUGAAUAUGAUGAAGAAGAGGAGGAACCAAUGGAGGAAACCGAGGAGAGCAAAAAAGCCAAGGAAACUUUCAAGCGGGUAACGUUUGCUCUAUCUGAUGAAAGUGAAGGCGAAGACAUUGGUGAUAUUCUUGGUGGAAAAAAGCAACAUGAUGUAUCGGAACCCAGUGAGCCAAAGUCCUCCUUUGAGAAACGGGAAGCGAAGAUGACAGAGAAAAUUAAUGCCUUGCAAAAUCAAAUGCUGGCUGAGAAAGCUUGGCAACUUAGUGGUGAGGUGACGGCACAGAAAAGGCCUGAAAACAGUCUGCUGUCAGAGACCUUGCAAUUCGACCAUGCCAUCAGGAUGGCACCUAUUAUCACAGAGGAGACCACAGUACAGCUAGAAGAUAUCAUUAAACAGAGGAUAAAAGACCAGAUAUGGGAUGAUGUUGUAAGGAAGGAAAAACCAAAAGAAAACCCAUUUGAAUUUAAGAAGCGACUUACUUUGGACCACGAUAAAAGCAAACUUAGUCUUGCAGAGAUAUACGAACAGGAGUAUUUAAAACUCAACCAGAAAAAGACAGAAGAAGAAGAAAAUCCAAAACAUGUAGAAAUCCAGAAAAUGAUGGACAGUCUCUUCCUAAAGCUCGACUCUCUCUCCAAUUUUCAUUUCACUCCUAAACCGGCCAUUCCAGAAAUUAAGGUGGUCUCUAAUGUUCCUGCAAUCAGCAUGGAAGAAGUGGCACCAGUGGCUGCCAGCGAAGCAGCACUUGUUGCCCCAGAGGAAGUCAAGGAGAAGAACAAAGCAGGAGACAUAAAAACUAGAGCAGAGAAAACCUCCACUGACAAGAACAGAGACAGGAGAAAAAAGAAACUCACCAAAAGGCUGAAAAUAAAAGAGAAGGAAAAACGGCUUAAGUUGGCCGAGAAGACCAGGGAAGAGAGUGGAAAGAAACCUACCAAACAAGCUGCUGAAGCCAGUCUGAAGAAGCUGGCCAAGGAGGGAAAAGCCACUAUACUAAAGGAUGAAGGGAAGGAUAAGGCUUUAAAGUCCUCUCAAGCAUUCUUCUCCCAGCUGCAGGAUCAAGUUAGAGUGCAAAUCAAAGGCGCAAAGGCAGCGCAGAAGAAAACAAAGAAAGGAAACGAACUUUCUGCACACAAACUCAAAUUGUAGCACGAUGUUUGCGUUGUCCGACGACCUGGUUGCAUUUAUAUACAUAUUCAAUAGGUGGAUGUGUAAAAAUAAUUAUCUCUUGUUAUACAUGGAGGGUUUUUGUAUAAUAAAGUAUUUUGAAUAAUCUA